UUCCUCAGAGCAAUGGAUCUUUGGGGACUCACCACUACUGCCCUCCUGGCUUGUGUCCUUUUCCUGAUCUUAUCCCUAUGGAUCCAAGGAUUCAAAAGGGGGAAGCUCCCACCAGGUCCCACUCCUCUUCCCCUUAUUGGCAACAUCUUGCAAUUGGAUACGAAGAAUAUUAAUGCAUCCUUCUCCAAGCUGGCUGAAAAAUAUGGCCCCGUCUAUACUCUUUAUAUGGGAACCCAGCGUGUUGUGGUACUAUAUGGAUAUAACAUUAUGAAGGAAGCUCUAAUUGAUCAUGGAGAUGUUUUUCUGGAGAGAGGAGACAUCCCAAUAUUUGAUGAUCUUCUCAAAGGAGAAGGGAUUGGUUUCAGUCAUGGAGAGAGGUGGAAACAAAUCCGGAGAUUUUCCCUUAUGACCCUAAGGAACUUCGGGAUGGGAAAGAGAAGCAUUGAAGAGAGAGUUCAAGAGGAAGCCCAGUGUCUGGUAGAGGAGCUCAGGAAAACAAAGGGUCAACCCACUGAUCCCACCUUCAUCCUUGGCUGUGCCCCAUGCAAUGUGAUCUGCUCUAUCCUCUUCCGUGAUCGAUUCAAGUACAGUGAUGAAAAAUUCCUUAAUCUCAUGAAAUUGUUAAAUGAAAACUUUCAGGUUCUUAAUUCACCAUGGGCACAGUUUUACAACUUUUUACCAGGGUUCAGAGUCUACCUCCCUGGAAAGCAUAAUAUAAUUUAUAGAAAUACAGAUAAAAUGAAUAAUUUCAUUAUGGAAAGAGUGAAGGAGCAUCAAAAGGUACUGGACCCCAACAACCCUCAAGACUUCAUUGACUGCUAUCUCUCCAAAAUGCAGCAGGAGAAAGACAAUCCCCAGUCUAAAUUUGACUUGCAGAAUCUAGUAAUGACUGGAACAGACUUAUUUGGUGCAGGAACAGAGACAACCAGCAGCACUCUAAAAUAUGGUCUGCUUCUCAUUCUGAAAUAUCCUGAGGUCCAAGCAAAAAUUCAUGAGGAAAUUGAUCGUGUGAUUGGACAAAAUCGAGUUCCUUCCAUAAAAGACAGACAAGAUAUGCCCUAUAUGGAUGCUGUGGUGCAUGAAGUGCAAAGAUUCAUUGACCUCAAACCACUCAACUUGCCCCAUGCAGUGAACAGGGAUAUCCAGUUCAGACAAUAUGUUAUCCCCAAGGGCACAACCAUCUUCCCAUUGCUCUCCCCAGUCUUGUGGGACAGUAAAGAGUUUCCCAACCCUGACCAGUUUGAUCCCCAGCACUUCCUGGAUAAGGAUGGGAAAUUCAAGAAAAGUGACUACUUCAUGCCUUUCUCCACUGGAAAACGUUCUUGUCUUGGAGAGGGCCUGGCGAGGAUGGAGUUGUUUUUGUUCUUUACCACCAUUCUACAGAACUUCACCCUCAAACCAGUUGGAGAUCCAAAUGACCUUAGCAUCAAGCCCAAUCGUGUUGGGUUCGCCAAUAUUGCACCAAAUUACCAACUAUGCUUUCUUCCUCGCUAAGGAAGAAGACAAAAUUGAUUUGGAGAUAUGGAUCCAAGUGUCUGCACAUGGACUCUUUGGAACUUGGCAUGAACUUAUGAGCAGAUUUAAAUUUCUUUAUUAUUUUUUUUGUGCCUAAUCCUUCACUGCUAUUAUGUAAUUCCUAUUAAAUGGUUUCACACAAAUGGAACAUAUAUGGUACAGGGUCAAGAAAGAGUGAUGUGAGGGCAGCUAGAUGCUGCAGUGGUUAAAAGCACCAGCCCUAGAUUCAGGAGUACCUGAGUUCAAAUCUGGCCUCAGACACUUGACACUUACUAGCUGUGUGACCCUGGGCAACUCACUUAAUCCCCAUUGCCUAAAAAAAAAAAGGAAAGAAUGAUGUGGAUUCUGGAGGGAGCUCCCUUUGGACCAACCUUCUGAUCCUUAUUAUCAGGGAGACACAUACUCAAGAAUACUUUUUGGUGCUGACAUGGUGAGGAUU